AGCGAGCGAGAGAGAGAGAGAGAGAGAGAGAGAGAAAGAGAGAGCACAAGCUUCGGGCACAUAAUGUAGCUCCCAUGGUGGAAAGAGAGAAUCAGUCAGUGGCGAGUGUGGGUGCUGACUGGUCGCGGUCGCGGUCGCGCAGCGGUACGAUUUACGUACAUACGAGUGUGAGUGUAAAUGUUGAGCCGAAGAAAGAAGCUAAGAUAGCCCAACGCGGCCGGCGUAGCAUCUCGGAAGGAUGUUCGGGGCAGGUAGCAGCAGCGGGAGCGCUGCAGGGGACGGCGCGGGCCCCUACGCCGAUUACGCGACAGCAGCCGAGCCAUACCAGCUGGGGGGUCCACCCCCUGCAGCCGGAACCGCUCCUCACCUGCUCUAUCCGGCUGACCUGUCGCCCCAGCAUCACCUCUACCAGCUGCCACCACCUCCGCCUCUGCCGCCCAACGCCGAUCUUCAAGCUCAGUCCAAGAGACGUAGGUCAGAUGAGGACGACCCGAGUUCGGGCAAGUACAGAAGAAUGGACGACGACAACAUGCAGGACAAGGAGCGAUUUGCCAGCCGGGAGAACCACUGCGAGAUCGAGCGGCGGCGGAGGAACAAGAUGACGGCCUACAUAACCGAGCUCUCGGACAUGGUGCCGACCUGCUCGGCCCUUGCCCGCAAGCCCGACAAGCUCACCAUCCUGCGAAUGGCCGUCGCUCACAUGAAGGCCCUCCGAGGCACCGGCAACACAAGCACAGACGGCACGUACAAACCGUCCUUCCUGACGGACCAGGAACUGAAGCACCUUAUCCUGGAGGCUGCCGACGGUUUCCUGUUCGUCGUGAGCUGCGAUACCGGUCGCAUCAUCUACGUCUCGGACUCGGUAGCACCUGUCCUCAACUACUCCCAGAGCGAUUGGUAUGGAACCAGUCUCUACAACCAGGUCCAUCCGGACGACGCGGACAAGGUCAGGGAGCAGCUGAGCACCGCUGAGCCACAGCAUGCUGGUCGCGUCCUCGAUCUCAAGACCGGCACCGUCAAGAAGGAGGGCCAUCAAUCUUCGGUUCGCCUGUGCACGGGCUCGAGACGAGGUUUCAUCUGCCGCAUGAAGGUCGGUAGUCUUCAAACGAGCGGCGACAUGGCUGCUGCUCACGGUCUGCAACGCAUGAAGCAGAGGAACUCCUUGGGACCACCAGCGAGGGAUGGACAAAGCUACGCUGUCGUGCACUGCACUGGUUACAUUAAAAAUUGGCCACCCACCGGUGAUUUUGUUCCCCCGUGUAUACCCACAGGUGUGGGCAUGGCUGAUCGCGGUGGAGUUCCAUCCAAUGACGGCGUCGGCGACGAUGUCUCAAUCCACUAUUGCCUCGUUGCGAUUGGACGACUGCAAGUCACUAGCACGCCCAAUACCAACGACUUGGCUGGAUCCAGUAGCAACAAUGAAUUCAUUUCGCGCCAUUCCGUGGAAGGUAAAUUUACUUUCGUGGAUCAAAGGGUAGGAGCAAUUUUAGGCUAUACGCCGUCUGAACUGCUCGGUCAUCCUUGCUACGAGUUCUUCCAUCCCGAGGACCACACUCAUAUGCGUGAAAGCUUUGAGCAAGUCCUAAAACUUAAAGGCCAAGUACUAUCUGUAAUGUAUAGAUUUAGAGCUAAGAACCGUGACUGGGUAUGGCUCAGAACUUCCGCAUUUUCCUUCCUCAACCCCUACACGGAUGAGGUUGAAUAUAUCGUCUGCACGAAUACUACCAAUAAAUCGUUACACAGUGGUACCGGUGGUGCUGGCGAACAAGUCCAACCGGAGAACGAGGUCGUCUCAGCGUACGGCCAGCCUGGACUGGACUACUCUUUGGACAGACAUCCAGCACGCAACCCCAUGUAUCCCGCUGCCACAGCUCAUCACAUGAUGCAACACGCGCCUGGUAUGCCGGGCACAGGACCACCAGCGCCACCACCGCAACAAGCCAGACCGUCGAGUACGCAAAACGUGUACCAGGGCUAUGAAACGACUCAGUCGCCUAUAGCCUACGGCUCGCCUGGUCAACAAAAUACAUCUUCGUCGGUCCUAAAUAGAAUUCAAAAACCUGCGGCGAACACGUCACCAACACCAGCUGUGCAACAAGCGACUGGCAAUUGGUCAACCAUAGGCCGGCAGGUAUGUGUCGAACAGCAGCCGGUGUCUUGUGAGGGCUAUCAAUACAGUCAGUCGAGUCCAUCAAGAUCUCCAAGUGGACCAACAUAUACACAAUUAAGUAGUGGAGCCAGAACACCAGCUGCCCAGUACCAUGCAGUUACAACAGUGCCUAAUAAUAAUACAGGAAUGUGGAGCUGGCAAGGACAGCAGCAACAUCAAGGUCCGCCACAAGAUGCUGGCGGUCAGCCGAAUGCACAAGUUGCGGGACAGCCGCAAGCUCCACAUCCAGCUGCAACUGGUGCACCUGGUCCCCAAACACAAGAACUGUCUGAUAUGUUACAAAUGUUCCAAGAUCAAGAGUUAAGCAUGUUCAAUGCAAGUUUUGAAUGAGCUAAACGCACUCGUUUACGCACACGAGAUUCAAAGAGUUCAAGUUGUACGUCUGAGUUGUUUCAGUCAAGACGUAUGACUUUUUUAUUCAAGACGAAAACAAAAUGCAUCGACUACAGUUUUUUCAUUUCAGUGUCAAGAAAAAUAUUUAUACUGAUUUUAAAAGUAGAAACCAGUAAGAGGAUGGAAAAUGAAAAAAUUUGCGAUAGUCUUGUAAUUUGAGGGAACUUAUUUUAGCGGAAGCAACGACAACUUCAUGAUAACAUUCAUUUAUAUUAACUAAAGUGGUUACUUUAGACGACUUAAUUGACAUGAAGUGACAAAAAAGAAUAUCUCGAGGAUUUUUAAUUUCAAAGCACUGCUCAUCGUGUUUUAUAAAUGACAAAUAUUCAAGAAUUUCUUGUUAUUGCUACUUAUUAAUGUAAAGUAUUUUAAGUAAGGAAUUAUUAUGCACCAUGGCACUAACAAACCAAAAUAAAGUCAUAAAUGAUCAUUGCUUGAUGCAUGUACCAAGAAAAACAAGUGGGAUAUAUUAUAACAAAGGAUUUUUUACAUUCUUGAAUUAAUAUUCAUUUAUGAAACAAAAUAAUAUUAGGAUAACUAGCUCAAUUAUAUUAAUUUAGGUAUUUGUAAUUAUAAACAGUGCAAUCGUCAUGGUCUCGAUAAGGAGAUUAUUUUCACACGAGAAUGUAUAAAAUUUGUUCUCUCUCUCUCUCUCUCUCUCUCUCUCUCUCUCUCUCUCUCUCUCUCUUUUAAUGCACCAAACUGUGAAAAUGCACAAUACUGAAUGCGUUUUUUAUUUUAAAAUAAAUAGCAAUAGUUUUAAAAAAUUGACCAAAUUUUGGUCUAUGUAAGGCAAGUUAGUUAUCAACAAAUAGUGACUCAUUAGUUGAGUCAUCAUUGACUAGUAGUAUGAACUGCAUUUUUAUGAUUUUACUGCUACGUUCGUAGCGAGUGUUUACAAAUUGAAGCCAAGAAACGAUUGAAUUUGUUAACGCUAUUGUGUUGUGAAAGAAAAUUGUAUUGGCAUUAUUAUUACACGAAUUUAUUCAUCAAUUGAACAAGUAUUUUACAAAUUUUGUAUAGUGUGAAAAAUUGUGAGCUUUGCUCAAGUAUUAUUUUAAAAGUGAGUCUGCAUUUUAUACAUAUACUUGAGACAAUGGUCUUUGUAUUAGUAUGUGUAUAUUAUUCAAGAAGAAUAUAAACUUUCCAUCUAACA